GGCGCUCAGUUUAACACGCGCCGGCGUACCGUGCGUCUCGUUUGCGAUUUUCCUUCGGUUGCUCGACCGCCCGGUGGACGGAUGGCGAUUUAAAAGCCGCGCGACUGAGACGUUGGGUGCUAGAGGAGAAUUCACCGUGUUGUGUUUUGUUUUCUCUCCCGAGAGACUCGUGUGCGGCGAUGAUCCGCGUCGCGAAUGUCCGCGUGUAGAGCGGCAUUCCGCGGCUCGCAGCAUCUGUCAGUGCGUCCCGCGGUGCGUUCGCGAUCGUAGGAUUCCUCCUCCUUCUUUGCAUCGGCAUCGGCAGCCGCGAUGACAACCGAGACUCCGAAGGUGGAGUUCGCCCUCGGCAGCGAGGUCUCGCCGGGUCGCUUCUUCAAGAGCGCGUUCGCGCGAAAUUUCAUCAGCAGCGGCCGCGACUGCAAGUCUCUGGAUUACGAGCUGCUCGACAACGUCGGGGAAAACGAGGAGGAUCGGAACAACAACGCGCGGAACAACAAUUUCUUCUCGCUCGUGAAUUUCGCGGACAGCAAGCCGGCGAACGGCGACGACGCCGCGGCGCGAGCCGCCGCCGCUCUCUGGGAGCAACCGAAGCCGAAGGAGGCGGCACAGCCGGCUGCAGAUGCGAAUGAAUUGGAGAAACUUCGAAAGCAAUGCCAGUCGUUGAAGAAGGAAAACCGGAGGCUGCAGAGCGCCUUCCUGCAAAACGUCUUUCUUCAAGCGCGAGUCGACACGCUCCAAUGGCAGGUCAAACAGGUCGAAUCGAACAGGCAAAUGUAUCGUUCUACGAUGGAACAGGUCGCUCAUUUCUUGGGCCGGGCUCACAGGAGCCUGGAGAUCCUGCACGCCAAGGAAAAUCCCAAGGAUAAGAGACGUGUGCCGCGUAGCCGUAGCGUGCACACGGUAGUGCACGCGGACCCGUCGCCGAGUCGCGGAACCGCUACGCCGUCGCCCUCGUCGUCGACAUCUUCGCCGUUCACACGCGCCAAAUCGGUCACUCAGAUUGGAUCGCCGAAUGCUACCUGCUUCCGUGAGUUCACCUGGUCGGUUCUGCGAAGAAACGAUCCGGUGCACUGCACAUCGCCACAUAUCAAGUCACCGACGGAUCUCAAGACGAACGACGUGCCUGAUAACGUCGUCUAUCGCGAACCCAAGCAAACGGAAUUAAACCCGGACGAGAUACCGCCGGAGAAACUAUCUCAGGAGGCGUUUAGGUUACUGCGAACCGUCGAAUCCUUGCUAUCGAUGCGAGAGCCCGAUUUGACGAGAAUGACGCCGGUCGAGGAAAACGGAUCCUCUCCUUCCCCUACGGUGGACCAUCAUCGUCAUCAUGACGCGUCUUUUUCCUUAUCGACCGGUAACUUCGCCAAUUCGACAACCUUGCAAGAAGCCGCCGCCUAUUCCGGAUGUUCCAGCAGCAGUCGUGGAAACGAAUCGAUCAGUGGACAGCAAAGCGACAGCAGAUCGCCAAGUCUCGUCAAAACGUCCGUCACCGAGUUUACCCGAAAUCUGCAAAACUUCACACCGAGCGUGAGAAGGUCGCCCGACACUGCCUCCUGGAACUCCAGUAGCAGUAAAACGACCGAGGAGGAGGACCUUGUCGCGUUCACCGCGUCAUCGAGCGGAGCCACGUCCAACGGCACACCGAUCUCGACGCUCACCAGGGCCGCGAAGCGAUUAGAGAAAAAGGAGUCUACAGGACUAAUUGGCAAAUCUAAAGUAAAGCCGGCCAGCAGCCCGGUGAGCAGCGCCGAGGGCGAAAGUGGAUUCUUCUCGAUCAGCUCGUUCCAGGAGGUAGGUCUGCCUGCUUCGGCAGCCCUACCGGUCACGCCGAUCAAGGGCUGUCACACCGAGGUAGGUCUGCCGGAAGUGCCUCUGGACAAGACCAGGCACCGACGGUGGUCCUCCACGCCGGCGGAGAUCCAGGCACUCUUUAAGCAGCAUCGAGCGAGCUUCGGUGGUACGCCACAAACCACCACCACCGAGUCUGUCAGCGUCUGUUGGGUUUGAGUGUCGCGGGAGCUGUCGCCGACGAUUAUGAUCCCACCGCAAGCGAUCGUCAUGGUUUCAGUCGGAUCUCGCAGACUAGACUAGCUCGGACCGCGAGCGCGAUUUUCAGGAAUGAUAUACUUAUUGUUAGAUAAACCGAUAAAGAAUAUCCAGGAAUUUUGUAAAUAUCGCUUCUUUUGUUACGUUGAUAAAAAAUGUAGAGCUGUAGUACUGAUAAAGCGCUCGAUAGUAAUUACUAUUUGUUCGAUCGUUCCGAUAAGACGACUCGAGUGUACAUGCGGUUUAUUAAACUUUCUUACAAGAAAAUUAUCUAUUGAAAUGUGUUAAUGGAUAGAUAGGAAGCGCAUAAAGAAAAUAAGGAAUUGAUAUACGCCCGCGUAAUAUUGGGCGAGAGUUUCGUAGAUGAUGCGGCCAUUCUGUAAGUAUAGAAAAGAAUAGUAUAAUAAUCCUGACAUUUUGUAAUCAGCCAUAUCUCUUGUAGUUUCACUGCUGAUAUCAACUCCGUCAUAUCAGUAUCAAUGAAACUUCUUCUCUGCACACACGAGUGUCGCGAUUAUUAAUGAUUUCGUGCAUGACAAUGACUUUGUUCGCCAGAAAUUUACGGACAAGUUUGACACGUUAAGUACAUUUUGCGGUCGACAAUCGUUUUCAUUUGACCGUCAUUUGAUUAACUAGGCAUUAUUUAAUGAAUUAAUUAUUUUUGGAUUCGAGUUAAUUUGAUUCAAUUCGAAUAUAACUAAAACAAGUUUAAUUUAUACUAAUAUGUAUUGCGAUGUAGUUCAAGUUAGUGUAAUUCGAUUUAUUAGAUGCAUGACAAAUUUUUUUAGAUUCGGAAGAACGCAAAAGAUAAAUUUUUUGCAAAUACUUUUGCAAAUUCAUAUUUUGUACUAUAAUUAUUCUCGUGUAAGUUAAUAGUGGUGCAAAAUAUUUUCAACUUAAUUCCACCAAUCUUUUCUAUCUAAUUGGAAUUGAUUAUUUGCACGAUAAUUGUCUCAUUUAAUAUCGUUACACCGCUCAUGACGCGACGCUCAAUUUGUAGGAUUUUUCGACAGUGAUUGACGAAACUGUAAUUCUCACAAUUCAUAUAAUCUAAUUCACGAGGACAACAUAUCUUUUAACGUAAUGAAACAGCGUGAUCUGAGACU